AUGCAUUCGACCGACGGCCCUCAGGUGACGGUCUCAACAGUGCCAGGGGCCGCGCGAGAUCCGGACCAGUAUGACCUUGGAGAAAUUGAUGCGACAGUGGAAUGUGCUGAAGAUUCAUCGGAGUAUCCCGAUGGAGGACGACAAGCAUGGCUGGUGGUGUUUGGUGUGUGGUGUGCGCUGUUUCCGACCUUCGCCAUGAUGAACAUCACCGGGAUUCUGCAGAAGUGGCUAGAAGAAAACCAACUGAAGGAUUAUUCCACGGCAAAAGUAUCAUGGAUCUUUAGCUUAUACGACUGUCUGUUCUGGCUCGGCGGCAUUCAGGUAGGACCCAUUUUUGACUCAUACGGGCUGAAGUAUACGUUUGUCCCUGGAUGCGUCGGCCUGUCAGCAUCGAUAAUGGCAUUGAGUGUUUCGGAAGAGUAUUACCAAUUUAUACUCGGCUUCAGUAUCCUGGGUGGCCUUUCUUCCUCGGCCAUCCUGACUCCAAGCCUAGGAUCAAUCAACAACUGGUUUCUCAAGCGCCGAGGAUUGGCCACGGGUAUUGCAACCACCUCCGGUGGUAUCGCGACCAUCAUGUUUUCUGCGUUGAUGGGCGGACUGAUGGAGAAGAUCGGGUUUCCAUGGAUGAUCCGAAUUCUGGGAUUUAUCUCGAUUGGGCUUUUUGCGGCCGGCCUGAUGCUUGUUCGGACGCGACUUCCGCCCAAUAAGUCGGCCGGCAGCUCCGUGGAUUUGCGAUGUCUUCGGGAGCCAGUAUUCACCGUCGCCUCCGUCGCGGUCUGCUUUGCGGAGAUCGGCAUGAUGGUGGUGAUCAAUUACCUCCCUUCGUACGCUUCCUCCCAUGGAGUGACCGAGUCAUUAUCGUACAACCUCAUGUCGAUCUUCAGCGCCACGCUCAUCUUCGGUCGAAUCAUCCCGGGGCUUGUAGCCGACUACUGGGGACGCUACAAUGUCAUGAUCAUCACCGGCAGUGUGAGCAUGCUAUUAGUACUUGCGCUAUGGAUGAAAGCAGGGGAGGAUACGGCGGCGAUUCUGACCUUUGCUGCGUUAUUUGGGUUCUGGAGCAGCCCGGCCGUCGGACUGUCGCCGGUCUGUAUAUCGCAGAUUUCGCGAACCGAGGAUUAUGGAAAACGGUACGGGACGACAACGGCGAUUUUCGGCCUAGCAAUCUUGGUGGCGAUCCCGGUGGCAGGAGAGAUUCUGGGGUCGCAGAACCCCGGACUCUCUGAAAAUGAGACCAAUUAUAGUGGUCUCGUCAUUUUUUGCGGAGCGGCGUACGCCACAUCGACUGUCCUGUUGAUCGUGACUAAAGUCAUCAGCGUGGGUUGGAGUGUCACUCGAGUAUUCUGA